CGGGGUGUGACUUCCCUAGCACAAGGGCACGGCCUAGGAACUCUAGGAAGGACAGUGCGUUCCGGUUCCGUAAUGGAUUGGCUCCAGUUCUUCUUUCUCCAUCCUGUAUCACUUUAUCAAGGGGCUGCUUUCCCUUUUGCGCUUCUGUUUAAUUAUCUCUGCAUCACGGAAUCCUUUCCCACCCGGGCCAGGUACCUCUUUCUCCUGGCUGGAGGAGGUGUCCUGGCUUUGGCCGCCAUGGGUCCCUACGCUCUGCUCAUUUUCAUCCCUGCUCUCUGCGCCGUGGCUCUGAUCUCCUCCCUCAGUCCACAGGAAGUCCAUGGGCUGACCUUCUUCUUUCAGAUGGGUUGGCAGACCCUGUGCCACCUGGGUCUUCACUACAAGGAGUACUACCUGAGUGAGCCUCCCCCUGUGAGGUUCUAUAUCACUCUUUCUUCCCUCAUGCUCUUGACGCAGAGAGUCACGUCUCUCUCCCUGGACAUUUCUGAAGGGAAGGUGGAGGCAGCGUGGAGGGGCACCAGGAGCAGGAGUUCUUUGUCUGAGCACCUGUGGGAUGCUCUACCCUACAUCAGCUAUUUGCUCUUUUUCCCUGCCCUGCUGGGAGGCUCCCUGUGUUCCUUUCAGAGAUUUCAGGCUUGCGUUCAAAGACCAAGCUCUUUGUAUCCGAGUAUCUCUUUCUGGGCUCUGAUCUGGAGGGGUCUGCAGAUCCUUGGGCUGGAGUGCCUCAAGGUGGCGCUGAGGAGGGUGGUGAGUACUGGCGCCGGACUGGAUGAUUGCCAGCGACUGGAGUGCAUCUACAUCAUGUGGUCCACCGCUGGGCUCUUUAAACUCACCUACUACUCCCACUGGAUCCUGGACGACUCUCUCCUUCACGCGGCGGGCUUUGGAUCUGAGGCUGGCCAGAGGCCUGGAGAGGAGGGCUACGUCCCCGAUGUGGACAUUUGGACAUUGGAAACUACUCACAGGAUCUCCCUGUUCGCGAGGCAGUGGAACCGAAGCACAGCUCAGUGGCUCAAGAGGCUUGUCUUCCAGAGGAGCUGGCGCUGGCCCGUGCUGCAGACUUUUGCCUUCUCUGCCUGGUGGCACGGACUCCACCCAGGACAGGUGUUUGGCUUCUUGUGCUGGUCUGUGAUGGUGAAAGCGGACUAUCUGAUCCACACUUUUGCCGAUGGAUGUAUCAGAUGCUGGCCCCUGCGGCUGCUUUAUAGAUCCCUCACUUGGGCCCACACUCAGAUCAUCAUUGCUUACGUAAUGCUGGCCGUGGAGGGCCGGAGCUUUUCCUCUCUCUGCCGGCUGUGCUGUUCUUACAACAGUAUCUUCCCUGUAACGUACUGCCUUUUGCUUUUUCUAUUAGCGAGGAGAAAACGCAAGUGUAACUGAGAGCUUUCCCUCCCCUUCAUCCCUCCCAGU